GAAGUAUGACAGGUGGCCCCUGUUGGGGCUGCUAUACGUUUAGCAACACAUAAGAAACUUAGCAAAAUAAUUAAUAUAAUUCAAAACUUAAAUGCAUAUUCCCUUUCACCCAACAAUUUCACAUCUAACAUUUUAUUCCACCACUAUGCUCUCAUUUCUAUUCAAAGACCCUUGUACAAGGAAGUUCAUGAUGAUUUUGCUUGAAUAGAAAAAGAAUCCUAAAAUCAUAUAAUAAAGAGAGUUAAAUAUCUCAUGUCUUUAAGGUAGAGCCGGCCUCCUCACAGGCAGCAGUGGUGAGGGAAAGUGAGGAUUUCAACUUUGCCACUGGCCUGAGAGGUUUUUUUGGCAUGAAGGGUUGCAAUGUCAGAGAAAAAGCAGCUGGUGGACUUAGGUCUCUGGGAGGAGGACAACGAGUUCAGGGAGUUCCCCAAGGAAGACUGGGCUGGUUUAGAUGAAAAUGAAGAAGCAGAUGUCUAGGAAAAUAACUGGGAUUUUGACAAUGUAGAGGGUAACUUCUCCAAUCUGAUAUGAGGUAAAUCAGAGACACAUGGUUAUAAGAUGGAGACCUCAUAGCAUCUGGAAGUGUUGAAGCAACCUAAGCUUGAACUUGUUACUAAAUUCUAGGACAGAGAAUCUAGGAUGGGACACCUAAAAUAUGUUUAUUUCAUUACCUGCUUGGAUUUUUUAUUUUUGUUUUUGUAACACAAAACAUAAAUGUUUUGAUCUAAAAAAAAAAAGUUAAAUAAAUUAUGGUACAGCUAUGUAAUAAAAUACUACACAGCAGUAAAAG